GAGCGGUCGGCGUGGGGCCCGUGCCGCGGCCGCGCCGAGCCCCGCCAUCGCUCGCCUUUCCGCCGCCAGAUUCAGCGAGGAGCCACGGGCGGCGUCUGCAGCGACAACAGCGGGAUCUUCAUGCUGGUGUUGUUUAUGCCAGAACAUAACAAGCAAGGCAAAUUUGCUCUAGUCUUGUGUCAACUUUGUGUAACUAGCAAACACAAUGCAAUUGAGUAUGAAAUUCGGGUGACUUUGGAAAUGAAGAAAAAGUUCUGAGCUCUCUGACUGGAAGCUGAACGUGAUGACGGCCUGGUCUAUGGUAGGGAAACUGAAAAUGGAGAAGAGGCACACCAGAGAAGAGAGAAAUGUGGAACAAGAUGCUGGGGAAUGCAGCGCUGAAUCUGAGGAAUGGACGAGCUCAGAAAGCGAACCUGAGCAACCGUACUUCCGAAGCAGCUGUAGCAAUAUUCCAUGGAGAGAAAAAGAGGCUUCCACUAAACCACAUCGGCCACUCUGUCGCUCCCCGUGCUUGGAUCGCCCAAGUUUUUCACAGAGCAGUAUCACACAAGACUUGAAACUAGAGGAAUGCAAAACAAAUUUGGACAAGGAAUACCAAGCUAAAAUGGAUUUUGCUUUAAAGCUUGGGUAUGCAGGAGAUCAGAUCCAGGCUGUACUGAAUAAACUGGGAGCAGAUGCGCUCAUCAAUGAUGUUCUGGCAGAACUUGUGAGACUUGGUAACAAAAGUGAAUCAGAGGGACAGAACAGCAGUACCACUAAUACUCUGGUGCCAAGAGGUCCUUGCCCAAAGGAAAUAGCAAGCCCUGAAUUGUCACUUGAAGAUGAAGUUGUGGAUAACAGUGAUAACUUGAGGCCAAUUGUCAUUGAUGGAAGCAACGUGGCUAUGAGCCAUGGAAAUAAAGAAGGAUUUUCCUGUCGGGGAAUUCAACUAGCUGUUGAUUGGUUUCUGGAAAAAGGACAUAAAGAUAUCACCGUGUUUGUACCUGCAUGGAGAAAAGAACAGUCUAGACCAGAUGCACCAAUUACAGAUCAAGAAAUCUUACGGAAAUUGGAGAAAGAAAAAAUUCUUGUUUUCACCCCAUCUCGAAGAGUUCAGGGGAGAAGAGUAGUUUGCUAUGAUGAUCGAUUCAUAGUAAAGCUUGCUUUUGACUCAGAUGGCAUAAUUGUAUCAAAUGACAACUAUCGAGAUCUUCAAAAUGAAAAACCAGAAUGGAAGAAGUUCAUAGAGGAGCGUCUGUUAAUGUAUUCUUUUGUGAAUGAUAAAUUUAUGCCUCCUGAUGAUCCUCUAGGACGCCAUGGUCCAAGCCUUGAAAACUUCUUAAGGAAAAGGCCAGUUAUUCCUGAACAUAAAAAACAACCGUGUCCUUAUGGUAAAAAGUGCACCUAUGGGCACAAAUGUAAAUAUUACCACCCAGAACGGGCAAACCAGCCUCAAAGGUCAGUAGCGGAUGAGCUUCGAAUAAGUGCCAAAUUAUCUGCUGUGAAAACAAUGAGUGAGGGAGCCUUGGCUAAGUGUGGCACAGGGCCCUCCAGCUCCAAAGGAGAGAUCAGUUCUGAAGUGAAACGCAUUGCCCCAAAGCGUCAGUCAGAUCCAAGCAUUAGAUCAGUAGCUGUGGAGCCUGAGGAAAAGUUAACAGUAGCCCGGAAGUCCGAGGCCAACUCUGUCCCAUCUCUGGUUUCUGCAUUAAGUGUACCAACGCUCCCUCCACCAAAAAGCCAUGCAGCUGGUGCAUUAAAUACUCGAUCUGCAAGCAGUCCAGUGCCAGGUUCCUCACAGUUCACGCAUCAGAAAUCCUCACUGGAACACAUGUCCAGUGUGCAAUAUCCUCCAAUAUUAGUCACCAACAGCCAUGGCACCUCAGUUAGUUACACUGACCAGUAUCCCAAAUAUGAAUCGUUAGGGGACCAUGGCUAUUAUUCCUUACUCAGUGAUUUCUCCAACUUGAGCAUAAGUAGUAUGCAUAACACAGAUUAUUACGGGGCUGAUAUGGACCAGGGGAUGUAUUCUAGAAACUCAAGCCCCUGUCCUGACAAUUGCUUAAGCCAUACAAGUAAUGAUUCUUAUUCCUCUUACAAUGACUUGUAUCUGGGUGUAGCAGAUGCCAGUCCAGAAGAUAAUGUGAAGAUCCACAGACUGACAUCGCAAAAUCGUCUUCAGCCUUUUCCCCAUGGUUACCAUGAAGCCUUAAAUAGAGUUCAGAGUUUUGGAACUGAAGAGCCUAAACAAUCCCUUCGCAAACAGUCUGUUUCCCACUUAGGCCUGCAUGCCCAGCAUCCAGUUGUUGGAGCACGGUCCAGUUGUCCAGGAGAAUACCCUGUGCCUCAAAAUAUUCAUCCAUCAACUGCACAGUCAAGCCGUGCCUUGGUCAUGACAAGAAUGGACAGUAUUUCUGACUCACGGCUUUAUGAAAGUAAUCCUACAAGGCAGAGGAGACCACCUCUGUGUCGAGAGCAGCAUGCUAGUUGGGAUCCGUUACCGUGUGCAACAGACUCUUAUACUUAUCAUUCAUAUCCAUUGAGUAACAACCUCAUGCAGCCAUGUUAUGAACCUGUAAUGGUAAGAAGCAUGCCGGAGAAGAUGGAGCAGCUGUGGAGGAAUCCAUGGAUUGGGAUAUGUGGUGAGCCACGGGAGCCACAUGUUAUCCCAGAGCAUCAGUAUCAAACAUACAAGAAUCUCUGCAAUAUUUUCCCGCCAAGCAUUGUCCUUUCUGUGAUGGAAAAGAAUCCCCACAUGACAGAUGCACAACAGCUGGCAGCUAUGAUUGUUGCCAAAUUAAGAACAGGGCGUUGAAAUAUUAUAACCUCUUUUGUAUAAAUGAGACUAUACAGCACAUAGGAAUUGGUAGAAAAAUUAUAUAAAGAAGGAAGUAGGCAAAUUUAUUGUAAAUAUUUUCUAAUAAGGUAGGAUAAACUUCUGUACACAGUAGUUGUUGUAUAUGUAUUGAGGCACUAUUUAAGAGUUGACUGUAUUGUAAAUUUUAAGAUUUUAAAAAUAGAGAUUUUUAAUAGUAUUUUACAGGAAGUGCAUACCUUGCUGCAUGGAUAGUUCAUGAAGAACUACAAUGUCACAUUCAGUGUCUCAAAGCUUUUAAUACAAAAUUAUUAUUAGCAGUUAUAUUGCAUGUAUUAAUGUACACUUUCAAUUUGAUUAUAAAUACCUAAUUGGCCUUUCAAAGCAUGCUGUAUACGAUCCCGGAUGACUUCUAGGGUUUCAGCUUUGCCAUUUGACGCCGCCUAUUGGUACCUCAAAUAUUGAAGAAAAAUAACUUGACAAAAAUGAUUCAAUUUGUAAGAUGCUGAAUCUCUUUCAGCUUUUGGAUGUUAAUAUUGUUGGUAUUUCUUAAAUUUCAAAACUGUUCCCCAUGAGUUUAUUACUGUUACUCCAGUCCAACAGAAGCCAAAUGCUUCAUUAAAUUAGGACCAAAACAUUAAGGAAUAUGAAGGCGUGAUAAAACUAAAAUAUGUUUUAACUGUAGCUUCCCUCUUCAGAAUUCAGAAUCAUCUGCUGCUCCAGAUGAUUAGAAAAGAUGAAAGAAAAUUGUCAGUUGUGUAUGAAUUGGAUUACUCAGACUCCAAUAGCAGGAACUGAAAGUUAAUGCAGAAACUCAUCUGUGUCUACAGCCCUUCUGUGGGCAAGGAUGGCAUUUAACAUGCAAAACGGCCAUAGAAGAUCAACCUGUGAAAGGAGUGGGAGUGGCUGUUCCUUGAAAAGAGAUGCUACAGUUCAGGUUUGUGGCAAAGCUUGCUUGGUUUUGCUCUUCAGAUCCACGCAGAGGUGUGCAUUUGCCUCAUGACCGUUUCUAAAAUUUCUGUUUAAACAUGUGAGAAGAUUUUGUGUGGCAUUGUUUGCUCAACUGGUAUUUUGCUCAGGGUGGGAACCUUUGUAGCUAAAUGUCUCCAAAAGAGGCGUUUCUUGUUUUUUAAGCUGCACUGACUGAACGCCCUUUUUUGACUCCAUUGUAUAUUUCAACAUUUUGAACCAUUACUAACUCGAUACGUCUCGAGCUAGAACUUAAUGACUUCUACUGUAGUUUUUUUCAUGAAAGCUGAGAAGGCCUAGUUUAUGGCCUUUUGUUUCUUCAUGAGAAGGUGUGACACUGCCUAAAUGUUUCUUACUGUGAAACACAUGGAAUGCGAGGCUGCAGUCAGGGUUGUUUCUGGUGUUUUGAUAACGGCUUGCAUGCUGCUUUCUCACUCUCUGUUUAUCUAAGGAACAAAACAUCAUCAUUUCCACAUCUGCAUUACUGUAUAAAUGAUUGGUUUGAUUCACGAUAUUGUUCAGGCUAUUUAUCAUGGGCAAAACGUAUUCCUGCAGGUCAAAAGCAACAAAGAAAACCAUUAUAGGUGCAAUGACAGUUAAUGUACUGAUAAUAACCACAUCAUUUCACACAUGACAAAUAUUCUUCUGUUGGUACAAGGAACACAUAUAAUGACCACAUCAUUACAUAUUUGAGUUAACUUGAAGGUGAUUUGAGUUUACACUCAGUGUUUAACUAUGUUUUAACUAGUUGUCACAGUUAUCGUCACUGUUAAUAGUAAAUCUCUGGAUACCUACAGUAACUGGAGGAAACAGAUUGAACUCUUGACCAGUAUCCAAAAACAUUUCUUAUUAACCACCAUUUUAGAUUUUUAAUUUGCAAUUAAUUCUUAUUCUCUUCUCUUGCAUGGUAUUAAGCAGCUGAGAGCAAUGCCUCAAAUAACCAGAAAUGACCUUUUGUUUGUUGAUACAAAUUGUAUCUCUUUUUCUUGAUUGUAUAAAAACUGUUUAAAAAAAAAAAAAACAAAAAAAAACAAAAAAAAAAACAAAAAACCUAACAACCCAUAAACCUCUAGAUUAACUUCAGUAUUACAUGUUCACCACCAUGUUUGUGACACCAUGUGUCACACAGAAGUAGCCCAUGAGUAAUUAUGAUUUUCUGUUAUUUAAAAUGGGCACUUAUAGUUUAUAGAUGAGCGAGACAACUUCUCAGAACUGGUUUAUUAUGUGCACAGAUACUGUGUGUACACCUCAAAGCAUUACAUGGUUACCUUUAGUCUAUUAAGCAGAUUCAUCCUUGCACUAAACCUUAUGUAAAAAUGUUGCUGUUAACUCAUCUGCAUGUGUUUAAAAUAGUAACAAUAUAAUUACUAUAGACCUUGCUUUAUUCUAAACAUGUUAAUUUAUAAUUUAUGUAGGCUUAAAAUGAAGUUUAUUUUGCACUCCCAUUUUCCAUCUUGCAUGGAAUUAAAUAUUUGUAUGUAAAAACACGUUUGUCCCCUUUUUCUCCCACUAUAAAGGUAAGCUAUCUUAAGAGGGCUUGGUGGGUGUUUUUGAUAUUUUAAUGUGUAGAAGCCUGAGCAGAAGUUACUGUGUGAAGCUGUGCGUGAUUUAUGGACAGUCAUUCUUGUAGGACUCGUUGACUUGUUUUCAUGUUCACGAUCUUUGUCUUACUGAUAAGAAAAAGGAAUUAUUCCAAACAGAAAGGCUAAGGUACUGCAAACACAGCAUGCCAUUUCUGUAAGGCACUCUGAAAGCUAAUUGUCUUUUUAUAAAAAGCUAUUUGCAUCCAUCCUAGGCAGAGUUACUGAAUGGGCAGUGUUGCCUUGUGGAAAUAAUUUGCAAACGUUGUGCUUGUUUAGUCCACCUUAGAGGAAAUGAAGCUUUUAUUUGUGAUGUAGUCUUUCCUAACCCACCAGUUAAGUGACAAUUCCAAUAUCUGCAUCUGUUCUCAGAUAUGUUUACAAGCCAAUUCAAAACACUGACUUAAUCUUCAGCGCAAAAGCUUAGAUUUCUUCUUACAUGGAAGAGUUGAUCUUAUUAACACAUGAUCAUAACUGUCUAUAUUGUGAAUAUAAGACUCUGUAUAAAUGCUCUGAGAGCAUGGUAUUUAGAUGUUUUUAAAACUGUAAGUAAGCAGUUCUAGAAACUAUAUUUUAAUAAAAUCCAAAAGAUUCUAGCUGAGGAACUGCAGAAAGAAAAAAAGCGCUAAGAUGAAAUCUUGCAAGGAAAUAGCAUACAUCAGCAGAGCCAGUGCUUACUCUAGGCAUUCUGAAUAAUUGAUCUUUAGUCUUCAGCUGUAUUACUUUCACAUAAUUUAUCACUUAAGAGUGCAUAAUGUUAAAUUCUUGAUUCAAAACUCAAAUGCUUUAUUGGAAGUCAGCCUAAUUUUGUGUGUUUUUGUCAUAAUUACAUGUUAGUAAUAUAUUAAGUUGGACAUAGAGAAUAUUUGACUACUGUUAGUCCUGUUGUUGUCUUAUUGAGCUACAGUAGUGGGCUUUAUCCGUUUGUAGAAUUAAACGUUACUGUUUAAUUGUUGUAAAAUUUUAUAAAUCUCUUUGGGUUAUUUUGGUUGACCCAAAUAUAAUGUAAGUCUCAAUGACAAAAUGAGUGAAAAAUGGAUGUUAAGCCAAUAUGUGGUAUUUAAAAAACACUGUAGUAAGUGUGCAAACGCUCUAGAUGCUGCUGCAUGGAUAUCAUUCACUAGCAUGAGUCUGUUUAGCUUUUUGUAAAAAUCUUUUAAAUUUAAACUCUUAAAAAAUUAAGUGGGCAUAUGGUUGCUUAGGCCAAGCAGAAGAAUCCUCAUUAAAUACAACAAAAAACAAAGUAUCUGUUUAGGAACAGAUACUCUGAAUUUUGGCAUUUUGGAAUUCUUACUGGUAAAGCCAGAACCUGCAAAGAAUAAAUAUGAGCUGAUAAGCCUAUUUAAAACUUGGUUGGUUAGUGGUGUGCAUGCAUACCUGUGAUGUCCACCAAGCUACUAUCAGGAACAUUCAAGGGAGCACGUUUUGAGUGCAGUCAUUCUAAAAAUUCCAUGCUAAAAAGAAGGUAUGAGCUUCAUUUCUGUACCCAUUUGCCCCACAGAAAUACUGCUUUUUCUUGACUUGCCAAAAGUUAACGUGAAACACUGGUAGCACCAGACUCCUAUUAGCCAGAUCAUGAGAUCUGUCAUUAUUAGCGCUACAGUUCAGCAUUCAGCAUCAAUGCAGCUUUUAUGCACCCCUCCAUAGGAGGCUGUGUGACAGAGCCAUAGGAUUGCAAUGGUGUUCCUUGCAGUACUUAAACAGGAAAAAAUACAGGUUUGCUGUUACUUCAGUUACUCUCAUGCCAGUGUUUGCUUAGCCUUUGAAGAUCCGUUACAUAGUCUCUAUGAUUUUGGUCUUUGGUAUUUUGAAGUUUGUAAACAUACUAAAAUUAUUGAAAGGAAUCAAAAACUAAUACAGUCUAUUACCUGUAGCCUCCCUGCUCUGUGUAGAAGGUUUGCACAGCUAUUUAAUACACAUGAAAUGUUAUACUUUAUAUUUACCUAUAUAAAACCUGCUUAUUUAAUAAAACUGAGAGCCACUGGAUAAUUUGUUUCUAGCCUUUUUUUUUUUUUCCCCCCAGCCCUCUUAAGAGAGAGCCUCAGAAGAGCUUUUUGUCCCAAACAACUGUCACAACACAUCCAGGCUAUAUCUCAACACUCCUUGUUGAUUUACAGGAAGAAUACCCAAAUUGUGAAGUCAUAUAAUGCUCAGCUUCUGUGUUUAAAUCUGCAUAGAAAAAGGAUGAGAGUAAGGAUGCUCCAUUUUAGUUGAAAAAAAGCAGAGGAGAAACUUCUUUGUGUUAAUUAGGUUCCACUUCUCAUCAAUCUUUCUAUUAAAUCAAUUUUCUUCAUCCAUUUCAACACCUCAUCAUUUCACUUUUCAUGGGAAGGAUACAGCAUCACAGUGAUUUGAUUCGAAAUUACUUCAACUGUUUUGGGGAAACAAAACAGGGGAAGGAAAAUGAUAUAAAAGGAUCACCUUUAUCUGUAUCUCUAUUUGCUCAAACUUCUACCACUACCAUGUUUGCUUUCACAAUAACCAGGAGGAUCCAGGUACUUCAAAAGACAAAACUAUUACAAAACAUUAAAAUACACAUAUUACAAAGUUUCUUCCACAUCUCCCUUUAUGGUUAGUCAGAACAGCCCUCACAGACACUUCUACUGAGAAGCAUUAGAUUCCACAGGAUGCUCUUGCUGCUCCAGUUUUCUCCCCAGAACUGUAACCCUUUCUUAGCACAGGAGGUCCGUUGGAGAGUGACUGCUCUUAUCAUUCAGGAAGCAAAAUAUUUAAGACUUGAACAGGCAGGAAUAAGUUACCGUAAUGAUUCCAUUGUUGCAUUAUGUGAAAGUGAUGGUCCCAAGGCCACAGCUUCCUCAGUGACUCUCAUUUGCAUCAUUUAUCCUUGCAAUCUUAUGUAAAGCUCCAAAAUAAAGACCGAGAGGGGACCUGAUCCAGGUCUAUCAGCAUCUAAGGUGUGGGGGGCAGAAUGGCGAGGCUGGACUCUUUUCAGUGGUGAGUGGAGACAGGACAAAGGGAAAUGGCUGGAAACUGCAGCACAGGAAGUUCUGCACCAAUGUGCGAAGGAAUGGCUGUACAGUGAGGUGAGGAGCACUGGAACAGGCUGCCCAGGGAGGUGGGGGAGUCUCCUGCUCUGCAGAUGUUCAAGACCUGCGCGACCUGCUGUAGGAGCUGCUUGGGCAGGGGGUUGGACUCCAUGAGCUCUGCAGCUCCCUUCCAACCCUUACAAUUCUGUGAUUCUGUGAAAAUUAUUAUUAUUUUUAAUCUCCAGUCCCUUCUAGAGCUUCACUUGGAGGUGGUAUUGCAGACAGUAGAAACCUGUCUGGAAAGAAAUUUACAGAGGGGAAAAGGCAGACUCAAGCAAUUUAAAGCAAAGGAAAAAAUUAAGCACUGAAGGAAUACAUCAACACGGCCUUUCUUAGUCCCCCCUCAGAACACAUUUCUAGUAAGCAAACUAAUUAGCAUUCUGAAAAAGAAAUUUUACUGAGUGCCUUUAUCAAGGGAGGAGAAGUUGCAUAUAGCAUUUGUUAGCAUGCUUUCCUUUUUGAACUGUUGUUUGCAUCUCUUUAGAAGUAUAAAUAGCACAUAUAAUAACAGUGUUAGCACCUAAUGAGAACGGUAACUAUAAGGAAUUAAAAAGAUGCCACUGCACAAUGCUGCACUGACAUUUUCCUGUUUGUUUAGUUUCUUAACUACUGCAAGUUAUUAGACUGAUUCAGACAAAAGCUCUGUCUUAAACCCCUGGAAGAUACACUCCAACAAAUUAUUACAGAGAAAUCUUGAAAUAAGUGCUUCAACUCCUAAUUUUUUACAAGUAAUUGUAGAAGCUGCUAAGCAACAAGAACAUUUAAUACAAGUUAACACAAAGAAAACUGAAUUCAGGGAAAAAAAGCUGCAAAUGCUUGUUCUCAUCAAUUAUCUAAAAUAGCAACCAAGUCCAUUUCCACAUGCUAGCUUAUCAUGCUAGCUUUACAGCAAAGAGACUUUUCAACCUCAGCAAAGUCAUGAAUAUAAAUAACACCAGACAGAACUCACCUUCGUUUGAAAUCGUAGCUAGAUGAAAAUUAUAGCAUGACCUUAUGCUGGCUAAAUAAUCCAAACUAACAAAUGACAAUACUGG